UCUAUCUCUCCCUCUCUCUUACAGCUUGCAGCCUGGCGCCAGCGAUGGCGAUGCGGGAGGUGACAGUGGCUUGCUCCCAGGCUGGGGACCUGCCAUGCACAGCGCCCUGGGACCCACAGCUCUCCUACACGGUGUCCUGGGCCAAGCUCUCAGAGGGCGGCAAGGAGAGGAUGGAGCUCCCCCAGAGCAGACAAAACAGCUCCUUUGAGGCACCGACAAAAUCUUAUUCCUUGACGAUCCAAAACACUACCAUCUGCAGCUCUGGCACCUACAGGUGUGCCCUGCAGGAGCUUGGAGGGCAGCGAAACUUCAGUGGCACUGUGAUUUUGAAAGUGACAGGAUGUCCUAAGGAAGCUGCAGAAUCGCCUUUCAGGAAGUACAGGGCUGAAGCCGUGCUGCUCUGCUCUCUGGUCAUUUUCUACCUGACCCUCAUCAUUUUCACUUGUAAGUUUGCACGACUACAGAGUAUUUUUCCAGAUAUUUCUAAACCUGGUACGGAACAAGCUUUUCUUCCAGUCACCUCCCCAAGCAAGCAUUCAGGGCUAGUGACCCUUCCCAAGACAGAAACAGUAUGA